GACCGUGAUCAUGGCAGCGGAACGGAAACCGACAUUCUUCCAGUCUCUCGUUGCUGGCGGAUUGGCAGGAACAGCGGUCGACAUACUGUUCUUCCCGAUAGACACCGUCAAGACCCGUCUGCAGUCUGCGCAGGGAUUCGUCAAGGCUGGCGGUUUUCGCGGGAUUUACAAAGGUGUGGGUAGUGUGGUUGUUGGAAGCGCCCCAGGAGCUGCUGCAUUCUUCUCUACGUAUGAAGCCAUGAAGCACUCGAUUCCUCUUCAUGACCAACUUGCACCUGUGAACCAUAUGCUGUCAGCGUCUGUGGGAGAAAUGGCUGCUUGUUUGAUACGCGUUCCUACAGAAGUCAUCAAGACCAGGACCCAAACAUUAAUGUAUGGUGCUUCGACAUCUUCGUUCAAAGCUGCAACGCUUGUCCUGGAACAUGACGGCAUUCGAGGAUUCUAUCGUGGUUUUUGGACUACUAUCAUGCGCGAGAUACCCUUUACAUCACUUCAAUUCCCGCUAUAUGAGUUUCUCAAACAUCGAUUAUCGAUAUAUGUGGACCGAAAACCCCUAUAUGCACACGAGGCUGCUGUCUGUGGAAGCAUAGCCGGAGGGACUGCAGCAGCACUAACAACGCCGCUCGAUGUCCUUAAAACACGCGUCAUGCUUGAUCUUAGAGUAGGUCUCUGUUGGGAAUCCUGAUGACAUAUCUAAGGCGUAUCUAGGACCCUUCGAAGCAGCAAGUGCCAAGUCUUCCUAUGCGACUUCGGCAGAUCUACGUGCAAGAGGGCGCAAAGGCUCUUUUUGCAGGUGUAGUGCCAAGAACGAUGUGGAUAUCAGCAGG